GGUCCACCUUCCAAGGCACCCAAAAGGCAAUCUUCUGUGGAAUAUCUAAAGGAAUGAGAUAAUUUUGUUCUUUCCUGGCAGCAAAAUGGAAGAGAAGAAUCGAUGCUGACUAGGUUCAACGCUCCUCUUCCUCUGAGCACUUUGUUUAAAAUGAUUUCACUUGGGCACAUGGAGUGCAGUGUGGCCAAAAGCUUGACAAAUUCUCCAUCCUUCUCUAAUGGAUUUAGAAUUACAACGAAAACAAUUAUACCCAAGCUCAUGUCUUGCAGAUUCAAGGAAUUUCAAAAGCUCCAGUUCAACUCCUCUGCAAAUGGAUGGCGCCUCAGAGAAGUGUUGAUGCAGGAUGGCGUGGCUGCUGCAAGCACAGGCACAGAGAAUGUAAAAGGGAGAGUGAUGAGUAUUCCCUUGAGUCCAGUGGAGGACGUAAGAAAUGGGGUUUUUGAUUUCGGGGAAAAAGGAGCGGAGUCCACCCUGAGCAUUACAGUGGUGGGAGCAUCAGGGGACCUUGCCAAGAAAAAGAUAUUUCCUGCACUCUUUGCUCUGUAUUAUGAAGACUGUCUGCCAGAGGUAUACAACUCUACAUAA